UCACAAUCGUAUCCCUCUUUCACUCCACAUUCCAUUCCUGCACUCCAAAUUGAAAUCAAUCGCCAACACAAAUCCCUUCCCAAGCAGAAUCCCAUUAAUUUAUCCAUAUUUAUUCCCAUUCGAUCCGAUCGCCACCGCCACCGCCACCGAUGUCGGCUCCAUCGGCUCGCCGACUCCGAGAUCGCAGCGGCGGAUGCGCCUCCUCCAAACCCCUAACUCCCGUCUCCACUUCCAGUAGAAAAUCUAGCUCCGAUGCAUCCUGCAGAUUUUCGUCGGCGGGAAAGGAGAACCCGAGGUCCACGUCUAAGGUCCCGAUGAUGGCCCAGAAGCCCUCGAUCCGAGCCGUGCCGCGGGUGAACAAGGCUGCGGCGAUCGCUGCAAGCGAUGGUGAAAGUCGUGCUCGCUGGUCUACGUCUUCCGUCCCCAGAGGUAGGAGCUCUAGUCCUUCUGAGUUUUUUCGAGGUUCCGCUGAUUCCCGCAGGGAUCGGAGGGUUUCGGUUGAUCGAGGGAGAGGUUCCGUAGGGGGAAAUGAUCAAACAGUCUCCGGUGGGGGGAAGGGUUCGAGUGUUAGAGGUUCCGAGAAUGAUAAACAAAAAGUAGGAGUUAAGGAUCUGGAUGUGAUGGUGGGUGGAGCGCUCACUGGAUUAAGGGUUUAUAGGGAACUGAAGGAAAAUGUGAAGCUUCGUACCAAUAUGGACAAUAAGAUUCGGAUUUCUGAGGUAAAGCAACCAGCCGAUGGGGAGAAAAUUGAGGGUAAAUCACUUGGGUUUAAGGUUUUGGGAAGCCAUAGCGGGGAAGAUAUUGACGAAGCUUUAAGAAGCGAUGGCAAUGGUAAAAGUUCAAUUGUUUCCGAGAAAGUGCAAAGGGUUUUUAUUGUUAGCGAAGAACAAAAUGAGAAGCCUGGUCUUGUUUCUGGGUCCAGUAGCGCAGAUUGUCAAGGUGUUAACUCUAGUUUAGAGUCCACGAAGAAAUCCGAGCAGAAGGAUUCUGAGAUUGUUAACGAGAGUGGACAAAUAGGCGGAGAGAGGACUGCAAGUAUGGCUGGUAACAAGUAUCCAAGCAAGCUCCAUGAGAAACUUGCUUUUCUGGAGGGUAAGGUAAAGAGGAUCGCAUCAGAUAUUAAGAAGACGAAGGAAAUGUUGGAUUUGAAUAAUACUGCUUCAUCUAAGAUGAUACUUUCAGAUAUUCAUGAGAAGAUUUCUGGGAUUGAGAAAGCGAUGGGAGAUGGUACAGUUGGUUCUAGUGUUAAAGUGGGAUUAAUGAGUACAAACGAGAGAGAUACCAAAGUGGUUUCGAAGGAUGAGACUAAUGAAGCAGAUAUUAAAGCUGUGGUUAAAGGUUUAGACACCAAGGAAUUGGAGGAAAGACUAUUUCCUCAUCAUAAAUUGCUCAGGAAUCGGAUGUCAAUGAAAUCAACAUCAGGUAGUUCUCAGAGCAAUGAAAUCCACGCAACCGGACCUAAUCUUGAAGUCAAGGUUGAAGAUAUGCCAAUUGAUGAGAACCCAAUUGCUCUGGAGUUUUUGGCUUCCCUGAAUAAGGAGCAAACAAAAGUCACCAUGAGAAGCGAACAAAUAGGUUUGGAGGUCUGUGAAGUCCAAGGAAUGGAUGAAAAUACCUCUACAGGAUUGCGAGAUUCAUCAGCCCAAUUCAAGGAUAAGCAGGAAGCGGAGGUCAUUCUCACAAGCGACGAGAUUCUUGACGAUUUUGAUGAUCAAGAGAAUAAACAGGGAGGCCUGGUUGGAGAGGAGACGGAUGAUACUGGCAUAUACCAGAUGAAUGAAAUAGGCAUUAAAACCUCAACCGGUGGAUGGUUUGUGUCGGAGGGAGAGGCUGUCCUUCUUACUCACAAUGAUGGUUCGUGCUCAUUCUACGAUAUCACUAAUACUGAGGAGAAAGCUGUAUACAAGCCCCCGGCAGGAAUCUCACCCAAUAUCUGGAGAGACUGUUGGAUAAUACGUGCCCCUGGAGCAGACGGCUGCUCUGGAAGAUAUGUGGUGGCAGCAUCAGCUGGGAAUACGAUGGAUGCAGGAUUUUGUUCUUGGGAUUUUUACAGCAAAAAUGUACGAGCUUUCCAGAUUGAGGGUGCAAUGACCUCUUCAAGGACGGCACUUGCUCCCUUACCCCAUAACAUUGUGCAGAAGCGAUAUGCUCCCAGUUAUAUGCUGGUACCAGAAACUGAACAGUGGUGGUACAAGCCAUGUGGACCUCUGAUUAUUUCAACUGCUACCUGUCAAAAGACAGUAAAAGUUUUUGAUGUUCGUGAUAGCGACGAAAUUAUGAACUGGGAAGUGCAAAAGCCUGUGGCAGCAAUGGAUUAUUCUAGUCCCUUGCAGUGGAGAAACAGAGGGAAAAUAGUUGUAGCAGAAACAGAAGCAAUAUCUCUAUGGGAUGUUGCUUCCACGAGUGCGCAGGCAUUACUCACUGUUCAUUCGCCUGGGCGCAAGGUUUCUGCUCUUCACGUUAACAACACAGAUGCUGAGUUGGGGGGAGGGGUUCGGCAAAGAGUAAGUUCAUCAGAAGCAGAAGGAAACGAUGGUGUAUUCUGCACCUCUGAUUCGGUAAAUGUUCUGGACUUCCGCAGCCCAUCUGGAAUAGGCCUAAAGUUGCCGAAAGUCGGUCUCGGCGCACAGUCGGUCUUCUCUCGUGGAGAUUCUGUGUAUGUUGGUUGCUCCAGCGUCAGGUCAGGAGGGAAAAAGCCUGCGGCUGCUUCUUCAGUGGUGCAUCAGUUUUCUAUUCGGAAGCAGGGCCUGUUCUGUACUUAUGCACUGCCAGAGACUAAUGCACACAUCCAUCAUACAGCAGUAACUCAAGUUUGGGGGAAUUCAAAUAUUGUCAUGGCUGUCUGUGGACUGGGGCUGUUUGUAUUUGAUGCCUUGAAUGAUGAAGGCUCACAAUCCUCCUCUGCUGAUAGUGAAGGCACCCAAGUGGUGAGGGAAGUUGUUGGUCCAGAUGAUUUGUAUUCGCCUUCCUUCGAUUAUUCGACGUCUCGAGUGCUGCUUAUAUCAAGGGAUCGCCCUGCAUCAUGGAAACAAUUAUCAUAGGUAAUUAUAAUUUCAGUUGCUGGCCAGCCAAAUGCUGUUUGGUUUGGUUUGUCUUCGAGAGUUGUUUAAGAUGUGUCUUAUUUUAGUGUUCUUAUGUAAGAUGGUAGAGCAAUAGUUCUCUAUUUAUGGUUAAUGAGAUUAUGUUUGAAUGGUUGCUGUGA